GGAAACUACGACCGUCCGCCGGACACGGUGCCAUCAUGUCCUGUUUCGGUGACCUGGUCUCAGCCGUCUGCUUCCCUUGUGCCGUUUUGGGGCUGGUGAUAAGAUACAUUUUCUCUAUGAUUUGUGGUCCCUCCCCCUCCCGUCGUGUUGUCGGGAUUUUCUCUCGCUCGGCUUCUGAGGACUAUGAAUGGCUGACAACUUCCCUAAAUUCCGCCAUGUUUAAAAACCUUGUGAUGGAGUCCAGGUCGGUGUACAUAUCUAACAGAGAUCAGAAUCGCUUCCGAGAAGCCGUCCAAAGUUGUGACUUCGGCAUUUUGUAUCACACUAAGAACCACGGCAGAAUCAACAUCACCAACGUGACGGACUCCAUCUAUGAUGAGCAGCUGGAGCUCAUGUCUUCUUCUAGAGGCAGGGUAAACGUUAUCGUGAUGGUGGACGACCUGGAGAAGAGCGACUAUGAGGAGAAAUGCCGCAUUAUUGACUCCCAGCCUGAUAUACUGAAAUAUUCCCAGGACCUGAUACUGGUCUCCAGCAAUGAGAAGAGGCAGCCGCAGUUACUGGAGAGAAAGCUGCAGGACAUCAAAGCCCUGAUCUCUGCCGGGUCUCGGGGUCCAGGGAAUUUCUGUGAUGAUUUGGCGUCUAUGACCAGAUGGGUCUCCAGUAAUGUGGAUGAAAUUCUGCGCCGUUCUGUGUCGAUGUUUGGAAGAAGAAUAAGAGGAGAACUGGAUGAGCCGUUACUUGCCUGAACCAUAACAGAUCUUCUUGGGACCAGACAUGUGGCCUCGUUGUCCCAUCACAAUCUCUACCCCGCCGCCUGGAUAAUGCACUGAGAAACCCUGGAAUUUAUUGAAGAUAUUCAAGGUUUUUCAUCCAAGAAGAUUCCAUCAGUUGGGACUGGAAAUCAAAAAUAUAAAAUAACUUGACAGUUCCUGUUGUGUCACUGCCCCCCCCCCCAUGUGAUCUGUAACAUAUUCUAUCACUUCAUGUUCCAAAAAUGUCUCUUAACCCCAAAAAAAUAUCUCUAAUGUCUUGUCCAAUAGAUGUCUCUCUUCCCUGCAAUCCGCAGUUCACUGCCUGUUGUUAGGCUCAGUGUGGUGUCUUGAACACUGUUUGGGUGGCUGUAGCCUCAAAGGUGUCUAUCUCUUUUUCAGGUCUAUUUCUUUAAUAGUAUUUUUAUGCAAAUGUAUUUUUUCCAUGUCUUUAUUUGUUUACUGCAUCCACGGAGCCUAACUCUAGUGUAAACAUUUUACUAAGAGGCGUAGCUCACUGUGGAGACCUUUUGGGGUUGUAGGUAACACCAUCUCCUUGGGUACAUCUUUCACCACAGUGAGCUACACUAUUUCUUUUUUUUUGUUUCUAGUGUAAAACUUUUACUUGAGUCAAUGCUUUCUGCACAAGUAGUGUUAAUAUGUCACAUGUCUAUUCCUCAACCAAUGAGGGCUGAGGACUGUCCCAUCUCCACUCCAGUCCCAGGGACAAGGGAGAAUCCUAACGCACAUUUUCAGUCAGGAUCUGGCCUCUAGUCGGAGCACACCUCCAUCAGCUCUCACUCCUUCACUGGGAGAUUGCCCCAAGCCACGACAUUCCGUGACAAGGCGAUAAAGCUUCAACCUGUCUAACGUUUCCUGCUACAGGAAUUAAACCACCGCCAGUGGUAUCCUCUGGGCUGACCUAGUCGAGUGAUGGACUGAUGUCUGGGAACAUCCUUCUUGAUGCCCUGUAAGAUUAUGGUGUCUUAGAGCAACCUGAUAAAACGUAGGUGAGGGAGGGACUGUGACAAGUUACCAGUUACUUCUCA